AUGAAGCUCUGGAAAAUAUCUACGCAAACUUUGGCUGUCUUGUUAGCCGCUGUGACUUCUGUACAUGCUGGGGGUCCUACCGAUGGCGAAGCCACUGCAGAUCCUGACUCUGCUGUCGUUAAAUUAACUGGUCAAGAAUACGAAUCAUUUAUCAAAGAGAACCCAUUGAUUUUGGCAGAAUUCUUUGCCCCAUGGUGUGGUUAUUGUAAACAACUUGGUCCGGAGUUUUCAAAGGCUGCGGACGCAUUAAAUGAUUCACACCCAAAUAUCAAAUUAGCCCAAAUUGACUGUACUGUUGAAGAGUCGUUGUGCUCAGAGAAGGGAAUUAGAGGAUAUCCCACUUUGAAGGUUUUGAGAGGUCCAGAAAAUGACCCUGAGGAUUACGCUGGACCCAGGGACGCUGAUGGAAUUGCAAAAUAUAUGGUCCAGCAAUCUUUGCCACCAGUCAUAGUCGCUAAUAACAUAAGUGAUUUUGAAGAGAUUGUACUUGAAGAGACCAAACCAUAUAUUGUCCAGAUCGCUUCAUCGGAAGCAACUAAUGCCACCUUUAAUGCAAUUGCCGCUAAAAUGAGGAAUGAUUUUACUUUCAUUAAUGUCGAUUCUAAAGACUUGAUUAAAGAAUUAAACUCGAAAUAUUCUAACGUCAAAUUAAGUCCUUCUAAGAAUAAAUACUUAGUGGUUCAUCCUUCUGAGUUCGAUGAUGUCAGAGAGUUUUCAGGUGACGUUACAGAAGAAGCUCUCUCAGAUUUCGUUAAGUCAGAAGUUAUUCCUUAUUUUGAUGACAUUGGGAGAGAAAAUUUUAUGACGUAUAUGUCAUCACCUUUACCUUUAGCUUACUAUUUUUACAACACCGAAGAUGAGAGAAAGGCUGUCGAGAAUACUCUUAAGAAGCUCGGAAAGACCUACAAGAACAAAAUUAAUUUUGUUGGCUUGGAUGCUCUGGUUUUCGGUAGACAUGCCGAAUCCUUGAAUAUGGACCCUGAAAUUGUCCCAUUAUUUGCAAUCCAGCAUCUCGAGACUAAUAAAAAAUAUGGUAUCAAUCAAUCUGAACAUCCAGAAGGUCCAUCAGUCUCAGCCAUCGAAGACUUUGUUAAAGACUUCCUUGCAGGCAAAGUAUCACCAAUUAUCAAGUCUGAGCCAUUGCCAACUGAAGAGGAGGUAACAAAUCUGCCAGUCGUCAAAUUGGUUGCACAUAACCAUGACGAUGUGUUGAAAGAUUUGAGUAAGGAUGUCUUUGUCAAAUACUAUGCUCCAUGGUGUGGUCAUUGCAAAAAAUUGGCCCCAACUUGGGAAGAAUUGGCAGUUAUAUAUGACUCAAACAAGCCGGAUUCUCAAGUUGUGAUCGCUAAUAUUGAUGCCACUGCUAAUGACGUCGAAACUUCUGAAGUCAUUGAUGGUUUCCCAAAAUUGAUUUUCUACCCAGCUAAUGGUAAGGUCGACGAGAAAGGCUUCAGGGAAUCUAUAGUUUAUGAAAGCCCGAGAGAUUUAGAUUCUUUGAUUGAUUUCAUUAAAGAAAGCAGUCAUGACAAAGUUGAUGGUCAUAAAGUGAAGGAGCAAAAAUCUGCAGAAGGCAGUGUCGAAGAUGACGAAGAAUCAGAAGAAAGCUCUACGAAAGGUGAACACGAUGAACUCUAA